CUCUGGGAAAUGUAGUGCUGCGCGCACGCUUCCGCGGUGGGCCGGGCGAACCGUGAUUCCGGUUUCCAUGAAGUAAUUGGCUUAUUUGAGAUAAAGAAGUCCCAGAGGUGAAUCCUUGGUGAAGAGAGUCCUGACCAGAGGAGUUAAGAAGGAUAGAGCAGAGCCUAAAGUUACUGGCCAUUUCCCAAGUGUGGCAGAAAAUGACUAAGUCCCAGGGGUCAUUGGCAUUGGAGGAUGUGGCCGUGAACUUCACACGGGACGAGUGGCAGCUCCUGGACUCUGCUCAGAAGAACUUGUACAGAAAUGUGAUGCUGGAGAAUGUGAGCAGUCUCGUGUCCCUGGGGUUUCAACUUAUCAAACCAGAUGUGAUCUUCAAACUGGAGCGAGAGCAGCCUUGGGUAAUAGGCGAAGAGGUCCCAAGUCAGAGCUUGUCGGAAUACUGGAAAGCUGACGAUUACAAAGCUUGGCACCAAGAACUCCAAGACAGCAUUAAAAAAUCGGAACAAGCCCAUGAAACUAAUGCCAGUGGAAAAACAUUCCAAUCCAGCAUGAACCUUGCACCGUUAAAGCAAAAGUCCAGUAAGCAUGUCUCAAAUGGAAAACGUCUGAAACGCUCGUUAGGUUUAUUUACUGAGGCUGGAAACCGUGGAAGAAGGAAACCUGGUAAAUUCAAUGGAUAUGAGAAAUCCUUUUUCUAUACCGAACAUGGAAAAACUCACGUUGGAGCAAAAGGCUACGAAUGUAAUGAUUGUGGAAAAGUCACCAGCAAGAAGUCACGACUCAUUGUACAUCAGAGAACACACACAGGAGAGAAACCAUUUAAAUGUAGUGAAUGUGGCAAAGCCUUUUCCCAGAAGUCACACCUUGUGACACAUCAGACGGUUCACACAGGAGAAAAACGUUAUGGAUGUGAGUGUGGGAAGGCCUUCUCUAGAAAGUCUCAUCUCGUUACACACCAGAGAACUCACACAGGAGAGAAACCUUAUGAAUGCGGUGAGUGCAGCAAAGUCUUUUCUCAGACGUCACAGCUCAUUAUUCAUCAGCGAAGUCAUACAGGAGAGAGACCGUAUGCAUGCGGUGAAUGUGGGAAAGGCUUUAGUGGGAAGUCGCAACUUAUUACUCAUAAGAGAACCCAUAUAGACGAAAAGCCCAAUAAAUGCGAUGAAUGUGGGAAAGCCUUCAGAGAGAAGCCAAGUCUCCAUAAGCAUCAGAGAAUUCAUUCAGGAGACAAACCAUAUGGGUGCGGCGAAUGUGGGAAAGCCUUCAGUGGGAAGUCACUCCUCCUCAGACACGAGAAAACUCAUUCAGGAGAAAAGCCCUAUGGAUGUAAGGAAUGCACGAAGGCAUUUAUUUGGAAGUCACAGCUCAUCAUACAUCAGAGGACUCACACAGGAGAGAAGCCCUAUGGAUGUAGCACUUGUGGGAAAGCUUUUUCCCAGAAAUCACACCUCGUGAUACAUCAGAGAACUCACACAGAAGAGAAACCCUAGAAAUAGAGCGAGUGUGAGACACUUUUAAGAAAAUAAUCGCCCUUCUCUCUAUACCAUAAAACACAUUUAUAAAAAUCCUGCGAAUGCCAUGAGUGUAGGACGGUCAUUGGCAGGAAGUUCUACUUCCUUGAACGUCAGAAUGCCAAAUCGGAGAGUAAGCCUAUGUGUGCAGUGAAUGUGGCAAAGGCAGUAGAGACAAGCGCUCAGCAAAUGGUCUAGUCUCAUCAUAAAUCAAGUUAUUCAUAUCGAGGACAAAAAUAAUGACUUCAAUGAAUAUAGGAAAAUUUGUCCAUAGCAAUGUCAAAAAAAAAAAUCAAUUUCCAAGUACAGUAUUGCAUCUUUAAAAAAAAAG